AUGAAAUCUAAGAACAGAUGGAAGUCCUUAAGCUGCACUUGUGGAAACAUCAUCAGACUAUGGUUUCUCUUAGGACUCUUUAUAUUAUUAGCUGUGAUCUGGAAGCAAGGCACAAAGAGUUGCAAAUGCUCUAGAAUGACAGCAUCCAUGGUUACAGGAAGAAGAAAGGUAAUAAUUCCAGAGAAUCCUUUUUGGAAGAAACCAGAGAAUCUAAACCUCAGUGUACUGGAAAGCGCUUGGGGUCCUUUACCCAUUAAAUAUCAAUAUCUUGCUGGAUCCCCUUCCUCUAAAAUGAGGUUCAUGAGCAUUGGAAUCUCAUCGAUCUACAAAGACAACCCUUUGUUGUCUACAAAGGAACAGCCUUUAUUGGUGACAGUUGAGUCCAUUUUCAGUCACUGCUCUCCAGAAGAACUGAAGAAGAUCGUCCUAGUGAUAUACCUUGCCAAUGAUAAUUCUGAGCUAAAUGUUGAAAUUGCCGAAGAAAUUAAAGCAAAGUUUAGCAAACAUAUCAAUGAAAAAAGAUUACUUGUUAUCCAAAGCUCUACAGCAAGUUAUCCUCCAUUAUGGAAUUUGAAGGAAGGACAGCAGGACGACCGCAAAAACAUUGCCUACACAGCCAAACAAAAUGUGGACUAUGCUUAUUUAGUUAAUUUCUGCACCAAUCUGUCCCAAUAUUAUUUGAUGUUAGAAGAUGAUAUUGUUUGUGCGUCCAAUUUUGUAUCCAUCAUACAAAGUUACUUACAUGAAACAGAUGGACACUGGUCCACAAUAGCAUUUUCCACCCUGGGCUCCAUAGGGAAGCUCUAUCAUAAUGCUGAUCUUACUAAGUUAGCCCGAUUCCUCUUGAUGUUCUACCGCAACGUGCCUGUAAACUACCUCUUUGAACUGUUUCAUAAGUCACAGAAUCAAGAAUUUCUCAUAAACUUCCGGCCUUCCCUUUUCCAACACAUAGGGAGAGUUUCUUCAUUUCACGAAUUUGAAACUGCAAUCAACGAUCCUGAGUUUGAAGAAGAUUUGGGAGACUCAGGAGAUUUCCUUAGCGCUUCAUGUUUCACAAAUAUUCCCAUCGUUUUAAAUUACCCGCCAGAAAAUGUGUGCCCUCCUGGAAAAGGUGUCUUUUGGGGCAAGGAGGUGGAAGCAGAUAGCUUUUUCACCAUUGUUUUUGGGAAUCCAAUUAUUGCCCAGAAGAUCCGGAUUUACACAGGUUCAGCUGAAUAUGCGAAGGACAUCCUCUAUGAUGGUCAUGUUGAAGAAGGAAGACUCAAAGUUUAUUCGGAAGAGGGGCAAACAUGCCUGAUUUUCAAAAAAAUAGGAACAUUUAAGAAUGGCCGUUUUGAGUUGGAAGAUAAGCGAAGAAACAAUGACAUAGAGUGCCUUCGAAUUCAAGUCACAGCACCACAAACGCAAUGGCUGAGAAUAAGGAAAAUUAAUAUUUGGCUGAAGAAGUAA